CACACACUCCCGCCCUGUCCCGCUCCUCGCCCGCAGCUCCGGCCCGGCUUUUCGCUUCGCCCGGACGCACUUCCGAGACCCCGGCGGAGAGAGCGAGAGCCGCAGAAACCCCCCGAAGCGCCUGGCGGCUCCCCACAGCUCUGCGCCGCCGCCGAGCCCCGCCGUUCCUCUUUGGCUGGGCGGUCGGAGCCCUCCGAAGUCCCCGCCGGGCGCGCCCCUCCGCCCUCCCGCCCUCCGGAGCGGCGCAAGCAGGCGAUCCCGGCGUCGGGCUGUCGGUCGGUGGGUCGGUGGGUCGGGCAGGCGAGGAUGCUCCGGGAUCGCGGCAAGAAGAGGGCGCGGCGAGCCACGCCGGCGCUCCGGGACCUGCUGCGUUGACGCGGGCCGGGAGGCAUGGCUCGGCGUCGGGGGCGCUCCCCGAUGGGAUUCCUCGCGAGUCAGGAGCCGCUGCUUUUACUGCUCUGCGCAAACUUCUUUCCCGGAUGAAAAGAACCAAAUGAUGACCACCAAUGUUUGGGUAAAACAAGAGUGGCAUGAUUACAAGUUACGUUGGGAUCCUGAAGAAUAUGAGAAUGUUACGUCGAUACGAAUCCCAUCUGAGCUUAUCUGGAGACCGGACAUAGUACUUUACAACAAUGCCGACGGGGAUUUUGCAGUCACCCAUCUGACUAAAGCCCACCUCUUCUACGACGGUCGGAUUAAAUGGAUGCCUCCCGCCAUCUACAAAAGCUCCUGCAGCAUUGACGUCACCUUCUUCCCCUUUGACCAGCAGAACUGCACCAUGAAAUUUGGUUCCUGGACUUACGACAAGGCCAAGAUUGACUUAGAGAGCAUGCAUCGCCACGUGGAUCAGCUGGACUACUGGGAGAGUGGAGAAUGGGUGAUCAUCAAUGCUGUGGGCAACUACAACAUCAAGAAGUAUGAAUGCUGUUCGGAGAUCUACCCAGACAUCACCUAUUCCUUCAUCAUCAGGCGUCUCCCUCUGUUCUACACCAUCAACUUGAUUAUUCCUUGUCUUCUGAUCUCGUGCUUGACCGUCUUGGUCUUCUACUUGCCUUCUGAGUGUGGGGAGAAGAUCACCCUAUGCAUCUCUGUCCUGCUGUCCUUGACGGUCUUCCUUCUUCUCAUUACCGAGAUCAUCCCCUCAACCUCUUUGGUCAUCCCCUUGAUCGGAGAGUACCUUCUCUUCACCAUGAUCUUUGUCACGUUGUCCAUCAUCAUCACCGUCUUCGUGCUGAAUGUCCACCACCGUUCCCCUCGGACCCACACCAUGCCUGCUUGGGUGCGACGGGUCUUCCUUGAUAUCGUCCCACGUCUUCUCUUCAUGAAACGCCCUUCGACGGUCAAGGACCACUGCAAGAAGCUCAUAGAAUCCAUGCACAAAAUUGCCAACAACUCGCAACCGUUUUGGUCGGAGAUGGAAGUGGAACCCAACUUUAUCACCUCGUCAUCCAACAGCCCUCAGAGCAAUGAGCAGUCCCCUACAUCAUCCUUUGGAACCCACCUCGAGGACCAAAAAAGUCCUCAGCCAGCGCGUAAGUCACCCUCGGGCCAGUAUUCAAUGCUGCGCCCAGAACCCAUCCGAGCCAGUUGCACCUCCCUCCAACCUCCCAGUCACCCCCUUGGAGACCUUCAGUCGAGCUCCAUUGGCAAAGGCCGAUCCCUAAGCGUCCAGCAGAUGUACAGCAGUCCAGGAAAAGCAGAAGAAGGCACCAUACGUUACCGAUCCAAGAGCAUCCAAUAUUGCUAUUUGCAAGAAGAAGCUUCCCAGACCAACGGCCAAUCUAGUGGGUCACCAGCGUCCCCACAAUGCCAUCUGAACGCGGACCAGCCGAAAGUCAAAGCCACCCACUGUAAAUGUAAAUGUAAAAAGAAGGAAUCAGCCAGCACCUCUGGACAAGGGAGCAAAACGCUUAAAGAGCAACAGUUUUUGCUGAUGUCACCUGCCUUGAAGUUAGCCGUGGAAGGCGUGCAUUAUAUCGCAGACCACUUGAGAGCGGAAGAUGCUGAUUUUUCAGUGAAAGAAGACUGGAAAUAUGUGGCAAUGGUCAUUGACAGAAUAUUCCUCUGGGUGUUUAUCUUAGUCUGCCUCCUGGGAACAGUGGGACUUUUCCUUCCACCUUGGCUGGCAGGGAUGAUUUAGGAACAGUCCAGCCUGGAAAAGGAAUUGAUUAAGUUCAGAGGUCUAAGUCCACCCUGGAAAGCCCAAGCUUUCAUCUCGGGCUGGCUGCUAUUCAUAAUUUACCAUCACAUCAGCGCAUGACUAUUUUCCUAGAAGCUCCGGAAUUGCCUUCCAAGAUUGUGUCAUUUGCC